GCCGAUAUCUGUUCGCAAGAAGUUUUGUCGGCUCAUUGUUCCAGCCGGGAGUCCAGGAGACGAUUGCAAUUUGUCUAAGAGGCUGACAACCGGCGGCGAAAACCCCCCUUUCUUUACAUCUUCUGGAUGCUGCGACGUUCCGUUUGGCCGUGAACGUGAAAUUGUAAUGGCAGAUCAAAACAAUCAUUAGCCGAGGCAAACAUCGAUUUCAAAGGAAGUGAUAAGGAAAGGCUGAUAUCGGAAUCCAGAGCUCAGUCCUACGUCAACGUUUGGUAAAGCAAGAUGAAACUCCUGCCAUUAAUACUCGCAGCAUCAAUUUUCGUCCUUUCCACAUGUGAUGAAAAUGUGGAAACUACUACAACCGACGUCUACUCGACGGGCAGCACAUUCACCAGCGAAGGUGAUGAAAAUGUGGAAAAUACUACUACAACCGACGUCUACUCGACGGGCAGUACAUUCACCAGCGAAGGUACCACCACGACCGAAGAGACAUACAGUACGACACAACAGUGGAGUACACUGGCCAGCGAAAGCACGACACAUCUCAGCACGACGGUCGAGACCACGGACGAAGCGGACAAUUCCGUCGUGGACACAGAAAUGGAAGAUAUGAGGCUGAGCGAAAUGAUCCGCAACGUCAUCGCGACGUACAAGGAACAAGGGACGGUCAUUAUACCGGGAAUAGACAUACCCGAUCCUAUGACCCUUCCAGACAAGGAAAUGGUCAUCGGACCGACUCCGACCUCUUUUUACAACAUGACCGCGCACGGUCUUUCAGACUUCACUGUCGAUCACAUCAACACAAACUUGGACAAAAUGCAGGUGUACGUCGCUGUCCAUAUGAAAAGGAUGAUAAUCCUGGGGAAUUAUACGCUCAACGCUUUCUUUUUAAAGUCUAAAGGGCCUUUUAACGUGACGCUGUUUGAUGUAGAAACGAGUGGAGCUGUGGCGUUGUCCAGGGACGAAGACGGUCAUCUGUUCGCAAACGAAUCUCAGCUGGACAUGACGUUCAAGGAUACUCACGUGGAUUUCAAAAACGUGGGAAUGCUGGGACACAUCAUACAAGCCGCCGUGGGCUCUGUCGCCCCUAUGCUCUUCGACGGUGUCAAACCGUCUCUCUUGAACGAGAUCAACACCAAGGUCCGAAAAGACGUCAAUAAAAAAUUAAAAGUGAUCGGUGAAAAACUGUUGACGAACAAGACGGAAGAACCUUUGCAGAUAGCUCUCGAGGAAGCGCGCAACUACGUGAAGAAUAAAGGUUACGACCCGUACAACAUUAAGGAUUAUGUCAUCAGGCACAACAAAUUAGUGGGCAACGUCUCUCAUUUCGUGUUGUACGGCCUGUCCGACUUCCAUAAAGUCGGCGACAUCAACCUUUCCAUGGAUAAAGGGACUGUGCAGAUGGGAAUCCACCUCGUGUCCUUUGCGCUGAAAGGGAAGUGCAAGUUUACAGUCGGCAUCGGGAAAUACUGGGAAAAGUCGAUAUACACCAAUUUUACAGUCGACCACCUACAAAUCCGCAUAUACGUUAACCAAUCAUUGGAUAUGACCCAACAUCCAGUAUUAGAGGAUCUCGAUUUGAACGUGGGGAAAGUGAAAAUUCAUAUGGAAGGUAUUGGAUAUUUCGACGGGUUGAUCAUAGUCCUGGUCAAUACCCUACCCGACCUCAUUCGUCAUAUCAUAGUCGACGCUAUCGAAGAACCAUUAAAAUACAAAGUACAAGAAAUACUCAAUCGAGUCGAUAUGCAAGAAGUGGUCAACAAAACUCUUCCACUAGUAGACAACCUAGGCUUAUGAUUCCCUUUGACCCAAGUAAAAGUAAUAUAUAUUUAUUGCUAGAAGGUUUAUAUGUAUGUGUAAGUUGUUUUACUUAUAAUUUUUUACUGUUACUAUUUAUUUGUGGCACUAAAGUAAAGUAGAGUGUAAAGUGGAGUAAUACCAAAGCGUAAACUAGCAAUCUCGUGCAUCCAGUCCUAAAAUAAACCUCAACUAGUGUCCAUUCAUCAUUUUACCCCAAAAACAUUAUUUUGCCCCAAAAAACUCAACCAAUUUUAUUUGUCAAUGUCUCAAAAUAUGACAUAAUUUCAUCCCUUCACUUAUUCACGAAGCCUUUAAUAAAGGUAAUAUUUGUAGAAUCAAAAAAUAAAAUCUGAACUGAAAAUCGA